AUGACUAUAUUUUUUGCUAUCAUAAUACUUACAUUUCAUGCUAUCAUCUAUUAUUUAUAUAAUGAAUAUAUUGUAUUACGAAAUAAAUAUCCACCGGGACCAUUUCCAUUACCUUUCGUUGGAAAUUUCCUACAGAUUGAUCUAGCUUAUCCGCAUCGUUCAAUGAUAAAGUGGAAAAGGAAAUUUGGUCCAAUGUUUACUAUUUGGUUGCCUGGACCAAUCAUUGUACUUGCAGAUUAUAAACUUCUUCAUGAAACACUUAUUGGUCAAGGAAAUAUUUUUGCUGGUCGACCGAUGUCAUUCGUUUACGGAAUAUUCAGUGAGCAUCGUUCAGAUGGUGAUGGGAUUAUCUUAUCACAGAACGAAAAAUGGAGCCAUCAGAGGCGUUUUGCUUUAAGAGUUCUUCGUGAUUUUGGAGUAGGCAAAAAUAUAAUGGAACAAAAAAUUCGAUAUUAUACGGAUACUCUCAUUCAGUAUCUGAAGAAGCAAAUAGGCGCUAACGAAUUGAAAACUGCAAUAACAGAUAUUCAUCUGCCUCUUACAUUCUGUGUGGGUAAUAUUAUCCAUGAUUUAAUCCUCGGCAAAAAUUACGAAUAUGGUGAUCAGGAAUUUUUGCGAUUCAAAAAACUAAUCGAUUCCACCCUCAAAGAUUUCAUUAGUAUUCCAAUGUUACUUGUGGAUCGUUAUCCAAUUGUUCGAUUUCUAUUACCAACAUACUAUCGCUAUUGCAAAAAUGGUUUUGCAUUGCAACAAUUUUUUUUGAAACAUAUUAAUGAGCAUGAAAAAGCGAUUAUUACUUCAUCAAACAAAGUUGAUGAACCAAAUGAUUUCAUUGAUGCUUACUUAAAAAAUAUGAUUAAGUAUACAGAGGAAAAACAAUAUAAUAAAAUAACAUUGGCUCUGAAUUCUGGUGAUCUUUGGACGGGUGGUAUGGAAACAACAGUAACAACAUUACGUUGGGCGAUCAUCUAUCUUAUUCAUUAUCCGGAUGUUCAGAAACUUGUACAUGAUGAGAUUGAUAAAAACCUGGGAACAAGAGCUGUCUACUGGGAAGAUCGAACCAUCAUGCACUAUACAAUGGCGGUCAUUUGUGAAGUGCAACGUAUCAUUAAUGUGUUACCGUGGCAUAUACCACAUGCUACUACUUCCAAUACUACUUUAUGUGGUUAUAAAAUUCAGAAAGGCACAAUAAUAAUGCCACAAAUUGGCGCUAUUAAUUUCGAUGAAAAUCUUUAUCCAAAUGCAGAAACUUUUCAACCAUCACGAUUCCUUAGUAGUGAAGGUACUUUUCACAACUUUGAGCACUUAAUCCCGUUUGGUAUUGGCAAACGAUCGUGUCUUGGUGAAGCACUUGCUCGAACGGAACUUUUCAUCAUCCUGACAACUUUAUUGCAGAAUUUCGAAUUCUCUGCUGCUUAUGGAAAAUUACCAAGUUUGAAGCGAUAUCCUGGAAUGGUAUCAGUACCCGAAGAAUAUAUAUGCGAGAUACGCAUUCGUAACGAAAUCGUUUAA